AUGCGCGCGACAUCGCUCCUCUCCGCGCUCUUCGCAGCGACCCUGGCUGCCGCGGCCGAGGCGCGCCUGGCCAAGAUCUACGUCGAGCCCGUCUCCCUCGCCGCCGCGGGCAAGCCGCCCUCCUUCCUGGCCGAGGUCGAAUACGACGCGAAGCAGCCCUCCGAAGCGACCGUCUCCUCGUUCGAGUUCCCGGAGCUGCCAGAGGACGGGGCGAAGCUCGUGCGCGUGGGCGUCUACGACCCGGCGUCCGCCAGGUGGACUUCGUCCGUCUCGGUCGCCUCGACGGAGAACUUCGCCAAGGGGUACCAGCCCAACAUCCUGCUGAGCGUCGACGCCGAGGGCGAGGUUGUGGGCGCGGGACUGAAGGGUGUGGCGGUCGACGCGGGUGUGACGAGGGAUUUCGGACCGCAGGCUGUCGUCAAGGUCGCGGGGCAUGGCAAGACGCCGGAUCUGAACAAGCCUGUCGUGCUGAGCCCUGAGGGGAAGAAGGUCGUGCAAGAGGAGAAGACUCUUUUCCAGAAGUACUGGUGGUUGAUCGCGAUAGUUGUCCUCAUGACAGUUACGGGCGGCGGAGACGGAAAGUAG